AUGUCAAGUUAAAAAGAAAUAGAAGAAUCUUUUGAUUAUCCAGAUACUCCAUAUCGUUAGAAUCUGUAUUAAUAGGUUACUCCAAAUGGAAUAUACAGUCCAUCUUAAUUCAUUCAGUUUAGUAUAAAAUCAAAAUCAAUUUUUCCUUAAAAACAUCAGAAUAACUCUACGAAAAAAGCAAAAAUAAAUAAAAGUUAUAUCCAUGAUUUUGAUGAAUAGAUUCAAAUUAAUUAGUAUAGUUUCAACAACAGUAAUAAAAUCAAACCAAUUCAUACAUCUUUAUGUUCAUUAUUUAGAGAAGUAUGUUUUUAAUUUGAUUGAAAUAGAAUAAUAUUGAAGUUAAAUAAGAAGAACUUAAAUAAGAGCACUCAUUGAUAAAAUAUUUAGAGACCAUUUAAUACUAAAUGUAGUAAUUAGAAUCUAGUGUAGUAGCCUUAGAAAGGAAAAUAUAUGUGAAUAAUUAGAAAAUAAAUAAACCUAUCAAAGAAACAAAUGAUCAUUAGUUAGUUUAUAUAAAUUAGAAUGUUUAAGGAUUAGUUGGAAGAUUAUAGGAUAUUUUAAUGGAAAAGAAUUUAUUAACUGUUUAAACAUAAGCAAAUCAUGAUGAAGAUGAGAAAUAGACAAUUUAUACAUUCAAUAAGAAUUUAAAUAAAUUCUCGAAAGGAUAUAAGUGUCGUUACUGUAAUUGCAAAUUUGUUAAAGCAUGUUCUUUAGGGUAUUAAUUUAUAUAUAUAUUUAAAGAGGUCAUAUCUCUAGAACUCAUAAAGAGGAAUCCAAAUAAUUAAAAUAAAGUAUUCCUAUAAAGAAAAAUAAACAUAUAAAAAAAGAGAAAAUUAAUUAAGCAAAAAUGAAAUGA